CCAUUGCUUCGUCGAUCGUUCAAUUACGGACAUUCUUCUAAUAGUGAAUAGACUUUUUUUUAUUAUAAUUUGUGUGGUAUUUGGACAAUUUUUAAUAGUGGCGUGAACUAAUGUGAAACAUACUUUGGUAAUUUUGUUCAGGGACUUGUGUAAGUGUUCUAAAAUAAUUAAAUCGCAGCCAAUGUCAGCAGGCGUGUCAGAUCAGCGGAUGAAAGGGCAAGGGAAUCAAGUGACAAAUGCACCUAAGGAGCAUCAGUUAGAGAGUGGAGGUGAUGAGCUGGCUGAAGUAUCAUGGCGUCAUCAGCAACAACCGUCUUAUGCACCCCCCAUCUCAUCAGCAGCAGAUCCAUACAGCGCAGCAGGUUAUUACGGUACAACAGCACUUCCUUAUCAAGCCUUCGGUGUUGGGGAUGGAACAUGGUCUACAAAUGGCACCGACCCAAUGACUUUUCUAGGAGGAUACAAUCCUCAUGAUUCCUAUGGAAUUGACGGUAGUGUAUUUGGACCAUCUACAACCCCAUUCUCAACGGCUGCGUUUGGACAGCCAGCAUCAACAUUUAAUUAUUUCCCAGGAAAUGGUGAUUAUUCUACCUGGGGCCAGUUAGGAAGAGCUAAGCAAUAUGAUGAUUACUAUAGAACUGAAGGGUUGUAUGUCCCAGAUGGCAUUAAAGCAAUGGAAUCAGGUGUGCAGGCUUUGUCACUCAGUGACCACAAAGUGGACAAAGAGCGUGUUCAUGAGCUCAAAGAUAUAUCAAGUGGAUCGCAACCCAAAAAGAUGACGUGGGCUUCAAUCGCUAGCCAGCCGGCUAAGCCAGCCCCGUCAAUGCAGAGUGGGGGUCUGAAGAAGAAAGGUCCAGGAAUGCCACCACCGCCGAUAAUUCCUGGAAAACAUAAUAUGGAUAUAAGUACUUGGGAUGUGGGAAAGAGUGCACCGGUGGUGUCCGCCCCUGCAAUUACCCCGCUGCAGCCCGCACCUAUCCCAGCUCCGCUACCAAUGCCUCAGCCUGCUCCGGUGCCAGCUCAGCCGCCCUUGCCGCGCGGUCCUCCACCUCAACAUCAGUCACAGCUGGCCUGGCAACACCAGCAUACUCCUCGAGCCCCCGCUCCGCACCAACCGCGACCUUCUCUUCCCCCUCCGGCUGCUCCAACUAUGCCUGUCCCUUCCAAUCCUGCUCCGAUUCCCCAUCCAGUUCUCGAUGAACUCAGAGUUAAAAAUGAAUACAAUCCGAAAGAAUUUGAUUUGACCGCGCCAAACGCUCGCUUCUUCGUUAUCAAAUCUUAUUCUGAAGAUGAUAUUCAUCGCAGCAUCAAGUAUGAGAUAUGGUGUAGUACUGAACAUGGCAACAAACGCCUCGACGCAGCUUUUCGUGACCGCGAACGUGAAGGUGGUGCUGUUUACUUGUUCUUUUCGGUGAACGGUAGUGGACAUUUUUGCGGAAUGGCUCGCAUGACUAGUGCAGUCGACUAUAACUCUAAUUCUAGUGUGUGGUCUCAAGAUAAGUGGAAAGGACAAUUUCGCGUUAGGUGGAUAUAUGUGAAGGACGUUCCAAAUGGACAACUACGUUAUAUAAAAUUGGAGAAUAAUGAAAAUAAGCCGGUAACUAACUCUCGGGACACUCAAGAGGUUCCUCACGCCAGGGGUCUCCAAGUGCUUCGUAUCAUGCAUAGCUAUUGCCAUUCUACAUCUAUAUUUGACGACUUUAUCCACUACGAGCGUCGUCAAGAAGAGGAGGAUUCGCGUAAGGUUCCUCUCAGCAGCCCGCAAGAGAACAGUCGCGAGGAGCACGAAGGUGGAGGAAGGGGAGGUGGAUAUCGAAACUACCGUGAUUAUCGUGAUCAGCGGGAGGGACGUGACGGGCGGGACGGUCGUGACGGACGGGAGGGUCGUGACGGGCGCGAUCACCGUGACCACCGCGACGGGAGGGACGCCAGGGAGCACCGCGACCCACGUGACAACAGAGAGCCGCGUGAUGGGCGCGACCCGCGGGACCAUCGCGACGAACGUGACGCCCGCGAUAGUAGAGACCACGGGUAUCGCGACAGAGACUCUAACAACUACAGGCCACAUCAUAAUAAGGAUCGUGAUGGCUCUCGAGGACGUGGUCGUGGUGCUCGAAAUUGAGCAAAUAAACUGCAUGAUAUGGACUUGCUUCUCACCAUAGACUAGAGCUCAAAUGAAAUCGGUAUUACAUUGCAGUCCAUUACCACACAGUAUCUAUCAACCUUUUGAUGUGGUCAAUGUUGUUUGUUAAAGUGGCCAUGUGUGUUUAACUUGAGCAGUUAUGUAAAAUAGUUUUGAACAGUGCUAAUUAACUAAAAAGAAACAUUCAACAAAUUUUGAAAUGUGCUAUUUUUUUCUACUGGAAAAACAUUAUAUUUUAAUUGAAACUUACAAGGAGUGAACAGAACAUUCACAGUUGUGUGUUGAUUCGUGUCAUCGUUCAAGGUGUGUUGUAAAGUGGACUUUAUCAAAUUAUAAACGGACAUUAACAACAAAUUGAAUAUUGUAAUUUUAUAGAAAAUAUCUGGUGAGUUGAUUCUUAUAAAUGUAAAUGUUUGAAAAGCAAAAAAAAAAAACACUCUGAAUUAAAUAUGUAUGUUUAAUUUUACGGUUAUAUUGAUGUAUACAGAAGUAUAAACUAUCAAGUGAGAUACUUGGAACUUUUACAUGGUGUAUACCUAAUAUUGUAAUCAAAUUAUACAUGUGCUAACUUUUAUAUACAUUUUUAAGUUGGUAAAGUUUAAUGUGAUUUAUAGUAAUCAAGGGUCUAAAUAAAAUCAUUUCAAUUAAUCAGAUGAAUGCAAGUUUGUUUAUCUCUAAUGCUUAUCACGUUUUUUUUGCAAACUGGAUCUAUUUCCAUAUGAACGUGAGGUAUGUUAUCACAUAAAAAUUUAUUUAAUGUAAAGAAAGUUUUAAAAAUUAACUUACAAUUUGCAAAUGAAUUUCUUAGUUUACUAAGUUUUGCACUUUAUAUUCUUCCAAUGGUAUUAUGGCAGUGAUCCGAUUUGGUUGCACCUGUCUUUUCUUUUUUGUUAUUCCAUUCAUUGCAUAGUCUCACCUGACGUGAACAAGCCAAAAAAAUUUGUCUCACAUUUAUUGUUACAUAACAGGCAUAGACAUAAUUAUUAAACAGAGAUGAAAACGGACUCUGGAAAUAGAAUAUGCAAUUGUUUUCAUAUUAUAUGAAAGACUGGUGGAGUUUUAAAUGUAUAUAAUAAUUGUGUAUUUUAUAAAAGUGACUUGUAAUAUUUACUUGUAAGUGAAACAACAUUGUAAUGCGAGAUCUAAAUGCAAGAACAGUACAUCCUCAUUUUGAAUGCCUUUAAAAUCUCCACAUCUCAUUUAUAAAACACUUAUUGGUUUGUUAUGGUUUUAAGUUUUUAAAUCUUUAAGAUUUAUUUGAAAUGACAUAGAAAGUUAUUUUUGAUUAUUUUCACGUAAUGUAGUUAUUUUAUUAAAUGAAUUAUACAUUUAUUCAACUUUACCAAUGGUAAUCAACAAAUAGUAAUAAAUAUUUGUGUCUAUACUUAAGUGGUUGUAUUAAAAUGAUGCUCAUGUGCAAUGUACAUCAACAUAUUGAAUCAAUCAGUGUUAAUUAACUGAUGAGGUUUAACAAGGUUCUGUACUGAAUUAAAGCCUGUCAUAGAUAUUGUUAAA